AUGUCCACCCGUCAUCCCUCCGUCCCUCCUCGGCAGCAGGUCUUCCCUCCCACCCCGCCUUCCGCACCGGCAUUGCCCGCGGGGAAGUUGCAUGAGGUGCGGCUGUACGGUCUGGACAGCGGAGUCACCUCUGAUCACCUCGUCGACUUCCUCAGCACGGGAGUGCGCGUCCUCGGCGUGCUUCUCCACCCGUUCUCCGCGGACACGCAGUGGGCCCAGGUCUGGGUCGGAUCCGAGGCCGAGGUCGAGUCGUGCCUCACGCUGAGGGAGCAUUUGGCUUCGAAAGGGAUUACCGUUUCUCGUCCACCGUCCACGCCCAGUCCGUUCCUCGCCCUCCCGCCUUUCACUGCUUCCGGUAACCUCUCGCCACCACGAUCGUCCCCGAGUUCUCCUCCGUCGACGUUAUUGACCAGGACCUUCCCGGCGAGUGCUCCUUAUCCGAUCACUUCGCAAUGGCACUGCAGCUCGUCGAGGGAGUUCGGCCUGGUGCAUCGGGUUGCCGACCCGCAUGGCCAGUUGCCGAGGAACUUGUACAUCGUCAAUAUUCCGGUGGACCUGAGUCAGCAGCAGUUCCGGGCGCUCUUCUUGUCCGUUGGGACGGUCGAACACUCUACGCUCCUCUCGCAGCUGGACGGGAUGGGCCGUCGUCGCGGAUUCAUUCUCAUGUCGCAGCACCACGAAGCUGUCGACGCCAUGAAUGCAAUGCACGGGAGCCUCAUCCAGGGAUGUAAGAUCGAUGUGUCAUGGGCGCUGAUUCAGCGGGAUGCAAAUCACUUUGCGGCGACGCCUGGGGCGAUGCCGAACAGGGUGAUCCACCCGCCGAUGCAGCCGACGAGGAAGUCCCCGCCGCUGGAGUGCUCGGUCAUCGUUGAGAAUCUGGAUCCAAACCACUUCCCCUCCGCCGGCGUCGUUCGUGAAGUCUUCGCCCACUUCGGUCCCGUCACGAGGGUCACCGUCCUCAGCAUGGGUGCCCCCGGUCUAUCCGUGCUUAUCCAGUUCGCGCACCCUAUCUCGGCCUCGGCUCUGAUCCAGUCCAAUGGCUUAGAGCUCGGAGGGCGGAAGAUUCUCACUCGCCGCUUUGGCCUGCUUCCCAUGCUCCCCGACUUGUCUUCGCCGACGACGCCGCAUCUGCCCCCGCCCAUGUUCGAUCCGUUUGGACGCGACCAAUCAGACCAUCGCGGCUUGAUGAACCGUGCAGACCAUCGCGGCUUGAUGAACCGUGCAUUCGACAUGUUCGGUCGCAACACGGCCCAUCAUUCCGGGUCGAGGCUCAAUGCCGAGUCGCUGCCGUUCAUACCGCCAACCCGGGCGCCGUCGACAUCGCGGAGUGUGCCACAGGGCAUGCCGCCAGUCGCUGACAUCGUCGACUCGCCGAAUCUAUCCACUGAAUUUGCGAACGCCGAGCUGAGCUCGAGCCAGAGUCCGACCGGAAGCGGAAGUGGGGGCAGGAGCAGGAGCGGAAGUCUCACGGACACGACCAAGAGGUCGGAUGAGACGAGUAAGAGUGGCAAGUCUGUUUCGACGGGGAGGACGAUGCUUGGGGGGUGGAGCAGUAGCGCGACGCGGGUGGAGGGUGGGGAGGACGAGACGCAGGAGAUGAAGGGAAAGGGGAUGGGCGUGGGGAGGAAAGUGCUGGGGUUGGGUAAUGGGGCCGACAGGUGGUCCGCCUCGGCGGCUUGGUAGAGAGCCGUGGCGAGCCGACGUCUCGAGACAACGGGCGUUCAACGCCUUAUCGACCAAGAUACCUAA